CUUCCGGUGUCCGAGCUCACCCAGUGUCAUUCUCUCCUCAGUGUACAAGAAGCUGUCAACGGAAAGUGAUGUCUGUCGGUGCAGCAAACUAUGUCUUCAUGGUGUUGUACUUGGUGGUGGGGACACUGGAAGUACCCCUUAGUCCUCAGCAUGAACGACAGGCCGGUCACAGGCUGGCGACUCCGGCGAAGUGUGACCGUGGAGGGAGUUCACUGUGGACACCGUGUGGCGAUGACCUCUGUUGUUGCCGCGAGCCCCUGGCAGACUGCACAGGACAAAACCUUUCUUACAUUCCCGCAUUCUUCGAGUUUGCAAACAUCUCUCAUCUGGAUUUUUCUUACAAUUUUCUCCAGGCUAUCGACGAAAAGACACUCGAAAAUGUGACUUCCUUCACGAAUAUCGCUCUGGAGAAAAAUUCCUUAGCUUACGUCCAUCCGAACUCCUUCAAAAACUUCACUGCAUUGAGAGCUCUGAAUUUGGACCUUAAUCACCUCAACGACUCUGCGGGACUUUUCUUGGCCCUGAAAAUGACGACCUCACUGGAAAAUUUGACUGUCAACGGCAACCAACUCGACAGUCUCGAUUUCAGUCACGUGGCACACCUUCGAAAUUUACGCUUCUUACAUAUUCGUAACAACACAAUUGAAAACGUUGUAACGAAGGAUGUUGAGGUACAAGAUAAUCUCGUCCACCUGGGUUUAAGUAAAAACGUUUUGCCAAAGUUCCCGGAGUUUUGUGCUGACAACAACACGACAAUCUUCCCGAACCUUCGCUACCUGAACUUAGAAUGGAAUCAGAUUACCAGGUUAAACGACAUGGGAUGCUUGCCCAACCUCGCCACCUUGAUACUCAGUGGCAAUGCUGUCUAUCACACGAAAAGGAACUUCCUGCAGGGGUUACCCAGUCUUCAAACGUUGUAUUUCAAAUCAUGUACAAGCAGGUUUGUGGACGGUUCUGCCUUUAACCACUCUGGCCUGCAACACCUGGACGUCAGUGAGAACCUGUGGUUCUUCGACCACAUCUACGGCAAAGGUAUUAAUCUGGAUGUAUUUCAUUUCAUGCCGAACUUACAGACAAUAAACAUCUCCUGGACUACGUUUCAUUUCGCCAACGAAAGCGAGAUGCACAGAGUUCUUUCUCCUCUUACUCACGUGAAGGAAUUUAUCAUGGAAGGGACUGGCAUUCAAUCCAUCCCGAGGAUAGUGAUGCGUCACUUCACAAACCUUACUUACCUGGAUGUAGGUGUUAACGAAAUACCGUACUUAGCAGACAACACUUUCGAAAACUUGACCAACCUUCGAAAUUUGACCAUAAGUUACAAUUUCAUGACAACAUUCAGCGAACUUCUGUUAGAGCCGCUUAUGAAAGGAAACCAAGUAAUUACAUUAGACUUUAGUGGCAACCCCUUCUCCUGCCAGUGCGACUUGCUGUGGAUGAUCAAAAAAUUUCAAAAACAAAAGUCUGGGAGCAGGUUCGUCUUCCUGAACAAAGAUUCGUACAUCUGCACUCACCCACCAACGAUGGUUGGCGUGCGUCUGAAGGAUGUGCCGUUGUCGGAGCAGGCUUGCAUCUUCAACUACAACACUUACAUCGCCAUUCUCCUCGUCAGCAUCUUCACAGUUGUAAUCACUCUCCUCUGCGCUCUCAUCUACAGGUUCCGUUGGCAGUGUCGGUUUUUAGUUUACACACUGCAACAUCGCUGGUCAGAUCGACAAGGUAGGACAGGUGGUCAAACCGCGUCCAUCUACGACAUCUUCGUGUCUUACGACAACAGCGACAACCAGUGGGUGCAUCAGGUGCUGCAGAAAGAACUAGAAAACAACCGACGCUUCCGGUUGUGUCUGCACGAGCGCGACUUCCUCCCCGGAAAGUUCAUCAGCCACAACAUCAUCGAACGACUGGAAGAAAGUCGCGCCAUCUUGCUGGUCCUGUCCAACUCCUUCUUGAAAAGCGAAUGGUGCCGCUUCGAGAUGUUUCUGGGCUUCAAGUCUGGACUGGCUGAGAAAAGGUUGGCUGUAGUUCCGGUUCUGUUGGAAGACCUGGACAAGACUUUGGUGGACAGCUUUGUCUGCACACUGCUGCACACAACGACAUACAUCGCCUGGCCUGCCAGGGGCACCAGCACAGAGAUCGAGAGCUUCUGGAAAAACCUUUCUCUCGUCAUAGCUGGAAGACGAAGAAUACAGUAACAGCUGCUGUAUCCGCUCUAAACCCCUGUAGUAACUUUUUAAAAAAAGGAAGUUCAGUCAAUAUUCAAACAAGACUUGAUUUUUUUAACUUGUCUUUUUGUAAACCGCUCUUUUUUUACCACAAGCUGUUAUUUGACAUUUUUGUAUUGUUGCUAUUCUUUGCAUGUGCUUAUAUGCAUACGUAAGUGUGUGUGUGCGUGCGCGCUCGCGCGUGUGACUGAGCACAGAAUGAAGAUGUAAAGGUGUCAGGCGAUUCAUGACCUACGUUUUCAGUUUGACAACUGCGACUAAACCUGGUUUCACAAGGCUCAAAUGAAAGUUCUAAAGAUUCUUUGACCCUCAGCAGUAAAAAUACCAUUUCAUUUCAAUCGAAAGACUUUAAUAUUUCCUCCACUCUGAAAACACCAUCGACUGAUUCGAUUUUGACAAGGUUCAAUAUUGCAUUGGCUGCCGAAAAGAUUAUCUGCUUUUUUUUUUACAUAAUUCACUCGUCUGCACUUGUUAUCAUCUUUGCUGUAUUUUUAUCUCGUCCUUAUCAAUGUCAACUUUAAGGGUUAUUCGAAAAGUGAUAGCUUCCCUCACACUGGACAUGAAAUUAGUUCACAAAAGUGGAACUUCUGCAAAUUUGAGUUUUAACCAUUGUCAUUCCAUGAAUUGUCUCUGCUGCCCUUUCGGGGAA